AUGACUACAAUUAUGAUGAUGAUUCUUGAAAGUGAUGAAAGUGAUCAAGAAAAUGAAAUUAAUGAAAUAGAUAAUAGUUCUAAUGAACCUGAAGAAGAAAGUACAAAAGAUGAAAUUACAUCAAUCUAUCCUGAAGUUUGUUACCUGUGUGGUAGUCUUGAUGUCAAUCAGCCUACACUAUUAGAUACCACAUGUCCACCUCGUUCUAAAGAAAAACUACCAAAGUAUGAAAGCUAUACUAGUUCAGAUAGUUCAACCAAACGCAAAGGAUGGAAAUCAUUUAUCAAAGGCAAAAAGCCUAAAAACCUUCACAAAUUCUCUAGAGGAUAG